UACAUUGCAACCAAUUUGAUUCGAUUUGACCACUACCACGACCAUUUUGAUAGAUACUUCUUCCGCCGGUACCUACGAUCACUAGCUGUUAUAUUUACUCCCGCUUUGAUACUUAUACCACCCAUUCUUAUUCCUUUGAACUACACUAAGGGGAAAACUGCGGUUCUUGGAGUAAGUGGACUUGAUUCGUUAGGGUGGUCCAAUGUUGGCCUUGAUCAGGCAGAUCGUUAUUGGGCUCAUCUCAUCCUUGGUUUGCUUUUUAUCGUACAUGUUUGCUGGGUUAUCUGGAACGAGCUUGCAUUUUACGUUGCGAUCCGGCAAAACUCACCAUACGCGGCUUUGUGCACGGUACUCAUCGAAUCCAUACCCGACGAUUGGAUGUCCGAGAAGGCACUCACAUCUCAGCUGGAGAUCUUUCCUGGCGUAGUUACUGCAAUUUCCUUCAAUCGUGACUAUAGCUUAAUUUCCCGUUUAGCGGAGAGACGGGAACGCUUAGCUCGAUCUCUCGAGAUAGAGGAGAUUUCGAAGAUAAGGAAGGCCUACAGGGCAGGCGUUCAGAAACGAGACAAGAAAUCAAACUUUCCCAAAAAACACAGACCCGCAAACUACAAAUCACGCAGCCUUUUCAACGUCUUCGCCUGGCUAGAACGUGAAAAAGCGGAUACCAGCAUAAUGUAUAGGGAGGAACUUCUUAAAACUAGUAAAGAGAUGGAAUUUCAUCGCGCAACACGAGAGAGAUUCCCCCUAUUGCGAUCCGCCUUUAUUACAUUCGCCAAUCCACUGGCCGCCAACAUGGCGUGUCAAACAGUAAUUCAUACCAGCUCAGGUUAUAUGACACCCCGUACGAUACCUUUGUCUGCUGAUGAUGUGAUAUGGAGAAAUGUCAACAUCACCUGGAAGGACAGAACCAUACGCACUGUCCUUUCGAACAUGCUUAUUAUGGCAAUGGCGACUGCUUGCGUUAUACCAGUAGCCCUGGCAGGGCUCCUCUCCCAAAUCAUCUACAUCACCCGGGCGGUGCCUUGGCUUAGCUGGAUUAAUGAGCUUCCAGAAUUUCUCCUGAGUCUGCUCCAGGGUGUACUGCCUCCAUUAUUAGUGGCCGUUUUAAUGAAAGGAUUCGUCGUCGUAUUAGAAUACCUUGUCAAAAAGCAGGGCAUCUCUUCCAAGAGCCACAUUGACCUCAAGAUCCAAGAUUAUUACUUCUAUUUCCUUUUUCUCCAAGUUACUCUCGUAGUUUCGUUGUCUGCAGGACUUACCACUAUUGCCAACGAGAUGAAACAUGGAGCUUUGCUGGCUGGGACAUUGGCCAAGAAUCUACCAAAAGCAAGCAACUACUUCCUCUCCUAUAUACUCUUACAGGCUCUUUCAAUUAGCGCGAACUCUCUGUUAAGAUUUGAUCGCUUAAUAGGAGACUUUGUACUUGGCCCGAUUUUUGAUAAAUCAGCCACUCAGAUGAUGACGAGAAGAAGGGGCCAGGAUCUACAAUGGGGUACUUUCGUACCUCUCUUUACAAACCUCUCCUGCAUCGGUGGCUUGUUCUGGAUCAUCUACUCCAACUCAAGUAUUCUGACUACUGAACGGGAUCACGGGGGUCUCUUCUAUCCCAAAGCCAUAAAACAUCUCUUAAUGGGCUUGUAUCUAAUGCAAGUCUGUCUUAUUGCUCUGUUUCUUGUUGUACGAGACUCGCAGGGUAAUGCUAAGUGUAUUGGACAGGCAUGCCUUAUGCUUUUUGCUACAGGACUAACUGUAAUAUACCAUCGCUUGCUUUCCCGAGCGUUCAAUCCCCUGCUGAGCUUUUCCCCCACUGCGCUCAGCGAGGGCCUAGCCAAGAAGGCAAUGCCAUCCCCUCCUUUUCUCCACAAGGCCCUUACAUCAAUUCCAGUGGUUAGCAUCCCCAGCGAUGAUAACGGGAUGAGCUCUGCUCGAGCAUUGGAACUCAGAGAAGAGCUAAAAAGCGUGGUAAUAUCUGAUACGGACGCAACUAUAACUGCAUCAGGCAAGAUCUACUUGAACUAG